AUGAUUGAUUUAUUUUUAAUGAUGGGUAUGUUCAAGCUGUUGUGUGUAUUACUCAUCCAUUAUUUAUGGUGUAUAAACUCAUCAAACGAAGAAUUUAUUCAUGAGACAGAUGAACAUAUUUAUUUAAAAAUUCCGCAUGGUAUACCAGUACAAUAUCAAUAUCCAAUGAGAGCUGGUUAUCCCCCGGGUACAUUGGGGACAGAAAUAAGCGCUUUGAUUAUACCACCAGAAAAUAAUGCAAAAAGUGAAUUAAUAUAUUUAUAUACAAAUAUUACUGAAUACAAAGAAUUAAUUUCUACAAAUAAAACCAGAAUAACAGAUUUUCAUUUUAAAUUUUAUGAAAAUUUAGUUAAACUAUAUAAUAAACAGUCGAAUGCAAAGCAGUAUAAUAAAAAAAUUUUCAGUAACUUAGUAUUAAAACCAUCGAAUGCAAGAUUACAAUUUAUGAUGUAUUAUUGCACAGCACGAUUGGAAUUCACUAAAAAUAUAACUGAUGAUAUCGUUAUUAGUUCCGUCAAUUUUCAUCCGAUGAUUGAGUUUACGAAUACUGUUACUGCUGCUCCUGAGACUACCGCUGCUUCUAACGCCACUGCUGCUCCCAGUGUUGUUGCUCCUUCGAAUGCUGUAGUUCCUGCUAAUGCUGCUACUCCUUCUAAUUCUACUGCUCCUUCUAAUGCUACUGUUUCUUCUGAUGAUUCUAUUCCUUCUAAUACUAGUAUAUCUCAUAAUACAACUCUUCAUCUUAAUACCACUGGUCCUCUUAAUAUGACAUCAACUAAAAAAAGACCUAUAUUAAGUAGCCAAUAUGAUAUUCAUCAGUUUUGUCCUAAAGCGUGUGCAUAUCGUGAAGGUUCAGGAUUCAGUGAUGAACACAGAUCUCAACUGAAUCGUUAUAACAAUCUGUGCAAUUUCCCAUCACAUUUUAUGUCAACUUUAUCAAAACGAUGCAGUGAAGAAAAUUACCUUGGAUUAGUCCACCUCCAGAGCUUUAAAUGUGAAUGUUCAACUGGUUUUGUAUGGAAAGAGCAAUUAAAAUCUUGUUAUUUACCAUAUGGAUGGCGUCAGAAAGCUGAAAGGUUGAAGAAUACAGUCAGUAUAAGAAGAAAUGAUCGUUAUGAAUACUUUAAUGAAAAUAAAUGUUCACGUAUUGGAACAAAAUCUAUUCUUCCAAUUGAAGCGAAUACAAAAUACUCUAAACAACAAAAUCGUGAUAAAAUGUAUCAUACUGAAAGGUGUAUUUGCAAAGAUGAAUUCUAUGGAACAUAUUGUGAUAAACGUAAAGAUCCAUGUAAAAUGCCUAUUGGAAAUGUUAUAAUGGGUGAUAUUGCAUGCAGAGUAAACGAUGGUAAUAAGUGUAUACCAAAUAAAGAAUAUGGUAUUUAUACAUGUCAGUGUACAAAAGCAUAUAAAAAACUAGUCAACAAUUCAACCUUGUUACCAAGAGAACGUGUAGCAGACAAUUGUUUAGUACGAAUUGAUCCAUGCUUAAUAAAUCCAUGUAAACACGGUAUUUGUGUGAUGAGCGACUUUGGCUCUAUUGAAGAAGAGAAAGCCAAGCGUAAAGGUGUGACAUUUUCGUGGUUUGGAAAUCAACCAGAUUUGAUAGCCCGUUGUAUAUGUGAUGACGGAUGGAGAGGUGAACGAUGCAGUUUUCCUGUGUCAAAAAAUGUCUGGUCUUUGUGGUCAUCAUGGUCAUUUUGUGAGCCCUCAUGUCAGUCAUCGUUCACAGAAGUUCCUCCAAAUCAUGUUCCAGAAAAUUGGAAAUACGGAGUAGGUACUGGCAGAUGGGGAAUGAGACAACGUAGCCGAUACAGAGAUUGUUUAAGUAAAGCUUCUGACUGCAAUGCAGAAAUAGAUCGUAUGGCUGGUUUCCGCGGAUUUAUCAAUAAAACUGAAGUUACUUGGCGUCAGUAUGAAUACCGGGGAUGUAGACCUCGACCGUGUGAUCGUCACCUCUAUUUGGCUUCGGGAACUCGAGCUGUGCAAAGAUCGCAACUUUCAGGACAAGUGAUUCGCAACCGUAUUGGUUGGUGUUGGGAUUUGUCUAAUUUUAAAGCAAAUUAUUGA